GAGGGCGGGUGCCCGCAUCUCACAACCCUGUUGGCUGGGGUGUUCACUGACGAUUGUUCCAUCGUCCUGAACUGAACAAUGGAGCCCUGGAGGAGACUCUCUCCUUUCUUGCUCCUGUGUUUUCUGAUGCACGCUCCAGGAGUUGAUCCAAAUCCGUGGUAUACAUUCCAAUGUGGACGCCCUGGCCCUGGUGGAGGAGUCAACUCCAAUCAACGGUAUACACUCCAAUGUGUACGUCCUGGCCCCGGUGGAGGAGUCAAUCCGUAUCCAUGGUAUACACUUCUCUGUAUACUCCCUGUCGUCCACGGAGGAGUCUACCUCAAUCAAUGGCAUGCAUACCAGUGUACACGCCCUGUCCCUGCUGGAGGAGUUGCUCCGAAUCGAUGGUAUCCACUCAAAUGUUCGCUUCCUGUCUCAGGUGGAGGAGUCACCCCGAAUCAGUCGUAUCCAGUCCAAUGUGUACACCCCGGCCCCAUUGCAGGAGCCACCCUGGCUCAACUGAAUCAAGUCACUUCUAUCCGACCUGGCUACAACAUGGGAGCCAACGCAAAUCCAUGGUACGCACUCAAAUGCGGAUACCCUGUCCCCGGCGGAGGAGUCAACCUGAAUCCGUGGUAUGAACUCCAGUGUAGACCUCCAGGCACCAUUGGAGGAGUUGAGUCGAGUCUGUGGUAUCCACUCGUAUGUGUCCACCCUGGCCCCGAUGGAAGUAAGAGCUCUUCGCGUGCGGUUACACCCCUCUGGUCCGGUUCCAUGAACUUCGCCUACUUGCUAAGAGUUUUGCUUUGCUGCUUUUCUUUUUAG